CGAGAUGGCACAAGAGGCCCCCCAGACGGCCCAACCGACCUCCAAGGCAGCCCAACAGGGCCCCAAGAGCGCCUUCCGUUGCCAUUUUGGCUCAAGCCAUUCUGACUCAAGCUGGUCUGGGUCGAGCCACGCGCGGCUCCACGGACAAUGAGCCUUCAGGGGUCCCUGGCGCCGGUGGCGGCGAACUUGCCAGGGAGCUUGACCUCCAAGAACACCUUCCUGGAUCAUCCGUCGCCCUGGAUCGACUACGUCACCGUGGGAAACCGCCCCAAGUCGGAUCCCACCUCUAACGCCACAUCGUCCUCAACGUCGAAUGUGUCAGACAGCGGAGUAAACUCCCAGGUUGGAGCAUUCGGGGGAGGCCGUCUGGCAAAGGAGGAGGACGCCAAGCAGCAGUCUGGCAGGAGCUCGGAGAAGGAUGGGAGCGACAUCGCGGAUGGUUCGCGCAUAUCCUCAAAGCCUGAGCCGAUCGGCAAGUCAAGGCGGCGUCGCCUGCAGCGGAAGGCCAAGGAAAAUUAUUUCAGGGCGAUACACAGCACCCAUUCCGCUGCAGAGCACACCGCGGAGGACAGCUCGAACGCUACGCGGAGUGGCAGCAGCACCAAGAUCUCUCUGUGAUUGCCCUUGGGGCGGCUAGGGUCCCAGUAGACAGCGGCAGGCUCUCUGGCCAAGCGCUGGUUCAGGGGUGGUGAAGAAGGAGGAGGAGGUGAAGAAGGAGGAGGACUCUUCCUCUCUUCGGAUCAUCCUCGUCUCCUGCCCGAGCGAACCCAACGGCACUGUACAGAACGCCGCCCCUUCGCAACAGAGUCACCUGGCUUUCCGGCCCUCGCCGGCCUGCCACAGCUGGUCGACGGAGCUUGAACGUGCCGUUGCCAGGGAAAUUCCUCUCCCAUCUUGUGGUUUUCAAUGCCCCGACGACCCUUUCGGUUAAGCAAAGCCGCUGCCGUUGUAUCAUAGUCCACCGGGCAGGCGAACCUCGGAUCUGCUCGCGCAACUAUCUCUGCUGAUGAAGGCAGCAGCUGUGGAGGUUCUGGCCAGGGUCACGCUGCACACGAAAAUUCCUCAUCCUCAUCCUCGCCCUCAUCACAUUCCGCUCUCUCG